AAAAGAAAACAAUAUCGAAGAAGAAGAACGUACUUGUCUUCUUCGCUUCUUGCUCUGUUUCCGAUCACAAUUCCGAUGACAUGCUCUGUUCUUUUGUCUCCGAUUCCGAUUCCGACUCCGAUCCCUCUUCGUCUUCUUCAUUGAAAUAAGAACUCGCCUUCGCCAUUUUCUUCUUCCAUUACUCAAAACCCAGUGAGAGUUUCUUCUCCAAAUGGGUACUGGUUGGAGGAAAGCCUUUUGCACCACCGUCUCUCGAGAUUCUGAAAAACAGAGCACUUCCUCCGCCACGCCAAAUCCCAGCCCCAGAAGCUGCGUCCGAUUGGGUUUCUUCAGUAACCCUUCUACUCCUCGCUCCACCUCUCGCCAGCAGCCGACCAGUCCCGGUCUCCGGUGCCGGACCGCUCAAGACGCCGCCAAUCACCGCCCUUCGCCACAAUGCAACACCUCCUCCUCUGGUUCUAAAUCGGACAAAUCCCGGCGGGGAAUUGUGGGGUCGAAUCCUUCUUCUCCUCGUUCUCCGCUUAAACUCUCGCUUUUCAAGAACAGCUUCAAAUUCAGAAGUAGCUGUGGAAUUUGUUUGAAUAGUGUGAAGACAGGACAUGGGACGGCGAUUUACACGGCGGAGUGUGCGCAUGCGUUUCAUUUUCCUUGUAUAGCAGCUCAUGUCAGAAACCACGCCGCUCUGAUUUGCCCUGUCUGCAACGCCGCAUGGAAAGACGUUCCUCUGCUCGCCGCCCAUAAAAAUCUAGGCCCAUUAACGACCCAAAACGAUUCCCGACCCAAAAUUGAAGAUAAAACCAUGAUUGAAUCUUCCCCCAGAGCGUUUACGCCCAGACACGACCAAAAACAAGACAACCCAAAAGUGAAUUCCUUGGAAUUCAGAUCCUACGAUGACGAUGAACCACUUUUGUCCCCCACUGCCGGAAGCCGGAUUAUCCCAAUCCCGGAAGCCGAUGAGAACUCCAACGGCGACGAUGUGGAGGAAUUUCAAGGUUUCUUUGUCGAUCCAAAGCCGCCGCCGCCGCCGGUGAAACGUUCAGUUCAGAGGACCAAUGUGCAAGUCCGGCUGCUACCUGAAGCGGCGCUGAUUUCUUCCGGGCAUAGCCACGAGACCUACGCGGUGGCUCUGAGAGUGAAAGCACCGCCGCCGCCGCCUCCGUCACAACUCUGCCGUGCGCCAAUUGAUUUGGUGGCGGUAUUGGACGUAAGCGGAAGCAUGACCGGCGCUAAAUUGUCGAUGCUUAAACGCGCUAUGCGUUUGGUUAUUUCUUCGUUAGGCUCGUCGGACCGUAUCGCCGUCGUCGCUUUCUCGGCCACCCCCAAAAGGUUGUUGCCGUUGAGGAGAAUGACGGCUCAAGGCCAACGCGCUGCCCGGCGCGUGAUUGACAUGCUCGUCUGCAGCCAAGGAACCAGCUUGGGGGAGGCCUUGAGAAAAGCCACAAAAGUACUGGAAGACCGGCGAGAGAGAAACCCGGUUGCAAGCAUCAUGCUUCUAUCCGACGGCCAAGAUGAGCGUAUCUAUUCAAAUCAACGGCCUGGGACACGACACGAGUCAUCAACCCGGUUCGGCUAUAUUGAGAUCCCGGUUCAUGCUUUUGGGUUCGGUGAGAGAGGUGGAUACUGCCAUGAACCGGCGGAGGAUGCCUUUGCAAAAUGCGUGAGCGGUUUAUUAAGCGUGGUGGUUCAAGACCUCCGUAUUCAACUCGGCUUCCCGAACGGUUCAUCUCCAGUUGUGAUAUCGGCCAUAUAUUCCUGCACCGGGCGGCCCACGGUCUGCAGUUUGGGUUCGGUUCGGCUCGGCGAUUUAUACGCCGAGGAAGAAAGGGAAUUACUCGUCGAGCUGAAGAUUCCAACAUCGGCUACUGGGACCCACCACGUGAUGACGAUGCAGUGUCUGUACAAAGACCCAUCAACUCAAGAAGUAGUCUACAGCCGCGAACAAGACAUCCUCAACGUCAACGCACGUCCUGUAGCCGUCCGAUCAUCCAAUCCAAAGAUCGAACGGCUCAGAAACACAUUCAUAACGACUCGCGCUGUUGCAGAAUCCAGGAGAUUAAUCGAGUACGACGAUCAUACGAGCGCGCAUCAUUUACUCGCGUCGGCGCGCUCGUUACUAAUCCAAGCCGGAUCGCCGGGUGCUGACGUGUACGUUCGUGAGUUGGAAGUCGAGCUGGCAGAACUCCAUUGGCGGAGACAGCAUCAACAACAACACGUAAUUACAACGACAGCACGUAGUAGGAGAGGCGAUAAGGAAGCUCCGGCUAUGGUUGACGAAAACGGUGAGCCGUUGACUCCGACGUCGGCUUGGAAGGCGGCGGAGAAGCUGGCCAGAGUGGCGAUUAUGAAAAAAUCGUUGACGAGUAGAGUGGGGGAUUUACACGGCUUUGAAAACGCUAGGUUCUAGAAAACAGACUGUUCAUCAAAUCCACUGUCGUUCUUCGUAGCUUAGUGUAUGUAGAGAAUAGAAGAAAUCAUAAAAUGGGCCCUUUCCUGUUCUUCUUAUUAUUAUGUCAUGAUGAACAUAUGAUUUUUAACGGAUGAUUCUUCGCUUUUGA